GGGGAAGGGGGCGGGGUGUGAGCAGGUCACGUGAUUUGCCAUGGAGGCGGUGGCGGCUGCCGGGAGGAGCCGCCGGGGCAGAAGCCGCACUUGUUAGUGUUGGGGGAGGAGGGGGUCGGGGGACGCCGACACCAACAGCCGGGGACGCCGAGGACAAGGCGAGAGGGGGUGGGGGCAGGAUCAGGCUCCGACCCCCAGCUGAGGGAUGAGGGGAGCAUGGGCGCCAAGGAGUCACGGAUCGGAUUCCUCAGCUACGAGGAGGCGCUGAAGAGAGUUACAGAUGUAGAGCUGAAACGACUUAAAGAUGCCUUUAAGAGGACCUGUGGACUCUCAUAUUACAUGGGCCAGCACUGCUUCAUCAGGGAAGUGCUUGGGGAUGGAGUACCUCCAAAAGUUGCUGAGGUGAUUUACUGUUCUUUUGGUGGAACAUCCAAAGGGCUACACUUCAAUAACUUAAUAGUUGGACUUGUCCUCCUUACAAGAGGCAAAGAUGAAGAAAAAGCAAAAUAUAUUUUUAGUCUUUUUUCAAGUGAAUCUGGGAGCUAUGUUGUACGAGAAGAAAUGGAAAGAAUGCUCCAUGUGGUGGAUGGUAAAGUCCCAGAUACACUCAGAAAAUGUUUCUCAGAGGGUGAAAAGGUAAACUAUGAAAAGUUUAGAAAUUGGCUGCUUCUAAACAAAGAUGCUUUUACCUUCUCCCGUUGGCUACUAUCUGGAGGUGUAUAUGUUACCCUCACUGAUGAUAGUGAUACUCCCACUUUCUACCAAACUCUGGCUGGAGUCACACAUUUGGAGGAGUCUGACAUCAUUGAUCUGGAGAAACGCUAUUGGUUGCUGAAGGCUCAGUCCCGUACUGGACGAUUUGAUUUAGAGACCUUUGGCCCACUUGUUUCACCACCUAUACGUCCAUCUCUAAGUGAAGGCUUAUUUAAUGCUUUCGAUGAAAAUCGUGAUAAUCACAUAGAUUUUAAGGAGAUAUCUUGUGGGUUAUCAGCCUGUUGCAGGGGGCCCUUGGCUGAAAGACAAAAAUUUUGCUUCAAGGUAUUUGAUGUUGACCGUGAUGGCGUUCUCUCCAGGGUUGAACUGAGAGACAUGGUGGUUGCACUUUUAGAGGUCUGGAAGGACAACCGUACUGAUGAUAUCCCUGAACUAUGUAUGGAUCUCUCUCACAUUGUAGAAGGCAUAUUGAGUGCACAUGACACCACAAAGAUGGGCCAUCUUACGCUGGAAGAUUAUCAGAUCUGGAGUGUGAAAAAUGUUCUUGCCAAUGAAUUUUUGAAUCUCCUCUUCCAGGUAUGUCACAUAGUUCUGGGCUUAAGACCAGCUACUCCAGAAGAAGAAGGACAGAUUAUUAGAGGAUGGUUAGAACGAGAAAGCAGGUAUGGUCUGCAGCCAGGACACAAUUGGUUUAUCAUCUCCAUGCAGUGGUGGCAACAAUGGAAAGAAUACGUCAAAUACGGUGCCAACCCUGUUGUAAUUGAGCCAUCAUCUGUUCUGAAUGGAGGAAACUUUUCAUUUGGAACAGCAGCAGUACAUCCUAUGGAGCAGAGUGAAGAUAGAAAUGGAGGCAGCUUCAGUUAUGUGAAUACCACAGAAGAGAAGUCUUCAGACAACAUUUCUACUGCAUCUGAAGCUUCUGAAACCGCUGGCAGCGGAUUUUUGUAUUCUGCCACACCUGGGCCAGAUAUGUGCUUUGCUCGACAACAUAACACUUCUGACAAUAAUAACCAAUGUUUGCUAGGAGCCAAUGGGAAUAUUCUAUUGCACCUUAAUCCUCAGAAGCCAGGAGCUAUUGAUAACCAGCCAUUAGUAACUCAAGAGCCAGUAAAGGCUACAUCAUUAACACUAGAAGGAGGACGAUUAAAACGAACUCCACAGCUAAUCCAUGGGAGAGAUUAUGAAAUGGUCCCAGAACCUGUAUGGAGAGCACUUUAUCAUUGGUAUGGAGCAAACCUGGCCCUGCCCCGACCAGUGAUCAAGAAUAGCAAAACAGACAUUCCAGAGCUGGAAUUAUUUCCUCGGUAUCUCCUUUUCCUGAGACAGCAGCCUGCGACUCGGACACAGCAGUCUAACAUCUGGGUGAAUAUGGGUAUGAUGAGCCUGAGAAUGUUCCCUCAGCAUUUACCAAGAGGAAAUGUACCUUCUCCAAAUGCUCCUUUAAAGCGAGUGUUAGCCUAUACAGGCUGUUUUAGUAGAAUGCAGACCAUCAAGGAAAUUCAUGAGUAUCUGUCUCAAAGGCUGCGCAUCAAAGAGGAAGAUAUGCGUCUGUGGCUGUAUAAUAGUGAGAAUUACCUUACUCUUCUGGAUGAUGAGGAUCAUAGAUUGGAAUAUUUAAAAAUUCAGGAUGAACAGCACCUGGUAAUUGAAGUACGAAACAAAGAUAUGAGUUGGCCUGAGGAGAUGUCCUUUAUAGCAAACAGUAGUAAAAUAGACAGACACAAGGUUCCCACAGAAAAGGGAGCCACAGGUCUAAGUAACCUGGGAAAUACAUGCUUCAUGAACUCAAGCAUCCAGUGUGUUAGUAACACACAGCCACUGACACAGUAUUUUAUCUCAGGGAGACAUCUUUAUGAACUCAACAGGACAAAUCCCAUUGGUAUGAAGGGCCAUAUGGCUAAAUGCUAUGGUGAUUUAGUGCAGGAACUUUGGAGUGGAACUCAGAAAAAUGUUGCCCCAUUAAAGCUUCGGUGGACCAUAGCAAAAUAUGCUCCCAGAUUUAAUGGGUUCCAACAACAAGACUCCCAAGAACUUUUGGCUUUCCUCUUGGAUGGUCUUCAUGAAGAUCUCAACCGAGUCCAUGAGAAGCCGUAUGUGGAACUGAAGGACAGUGAUGGCCGACCAGACUGGGAAGUAGCUGCAGAGGCCUGGGACAACCAUUUGAGAAGAAAUAGAUCUAUUGUUGUGGAUUUGUUCCAUGGACAGCUAAGAUCCCAAGUCAAAUGCAAGACGUGUGGGCAUAUAAGUGUACGAUUUGACCCUUUUAAUUUUUUGUCAUUGCCACUACCAAUGGACAGUUAUAUGCACUUGGAAAUAACAGUAAUCAAGUUGGAUGGUACUACCCCCAUACGAUAUGGGCUAAGACUGAAUAUGGAUGAAAAGUAUACAGGUUUAAAAAAACAGCUGAGUGAUCUCUGUGGGCUUAAAUCAGAACAAAUCCUUCUUGCAGAAGUACAUGGUUCCAACAUAAAGAACUUCCCUCAGGACAACCAGAAAGUACGACUCUCAGUGAGUGGAUUUUUGUGUGCAUUUGAAAUUCCUAUCCCGGCAUCUCCUAUUUCAGCUUCUAGUCCUAUACAGACAGAUUUCUCCUCUUCACCAUCUACAAAUGGAAUGUUCUCUCUAACUACCAGUGGGGACAUACCUCGACCACUAUUCAUCCCUAAUGGAAUGCCAAACACUGUUGUGCCAUGUGGAACUGAGAAGAACUUCACUAAUGGAAUAAUGAAUGGUCAUAUGUCAUCUCUUCCUGACAGCCCCUUUUCAGGCUACAUCAUUGCUGUCCAUCGAAAAAUGAUGAGGACAGAACUGUAUUUCCUGUCAUCACAGAAGAAUCGGCCCAGCCUCUUUGGAAUGCCAUUGAUUGUUCCAUGUACUGUGCAUACACGGAAAAAAGAUCUUUAUGAUGCAGUCUGGAUUCAGGUAUCUCGACUAGCCAGCCCACUCCCACCUCAGGAAGCUAGUAAUCAUGCUCAGGAUUGUGACGACAGUAUGGGCUAUCAGUAUCCAUUUACUCUACGAGUUGUGCAGAAAGAUGGGAACUCCUGUGCUUGGUGCCCAUGGUAUAGAUUUUGUAGAGGCUGUAAAAUUGACUGUGGGGAAGACAGCGCUUUCAUUGGAAAUGCCUACAUUGCUGUGGAUUGGGACCCAACAGCUCUUCACCUCCGCUAUCAAACAUCACAGGAAAGAGUUGUAGAUGAGCAUGACAGUGUGGAGCAGAGUCGACGAGCGCAAGCUGAGCCUAUCAACCUGGACAGCUGUCUCCGUGCUUUCACUAGUGAGGAAGAACUAGGGGAAAAUGAGAUGUACUACUGUUCAAAGUGUAAGACUCACUGCUUGGCAACCAAGAAGCUGGAUCUCUGGAGGCUUCCUCCUGUCCUGAUUAUCCACCUUAAACGAUUUCAGUUUGUAAAUGGUCGAUGGAUAAAAUCACAGAAAAUUGUUAAAUUUCCUCGUGAAAGUUUGGACCCUAGUGCUUUUUUGGUACCACGAGACCCAGCUCUCUGCCAGUGCAAACCACUCACACCCCAGGGGGACGACCUCUCUGAGCCAAGGGUUCCUGCAGAAGAGGUGAAGAGAGUGGAUGCUCAGAGCUCCACAGGGGGUGAGGAUGUGCUCCUGAGCAAGAGCCCAUCUUCUCUCAGUGCAAACAUCACCGGGAGCCCAAAAGGUUCGCCUUCUUCACCAAGAAAAAGUGGAGCCAGCUGUCCCUCCAGUAAGAAUAGCAGCCCUAACAGCAGCCCACGGACUUUGGGGAGGAGCAAAGGGAGGCUCCGGCUGCCUCAAAUUGGCAGCAAAAAUAAAUUGUCAAGUAGUAAGGAGAAUUUGGAUGCCAGCAGAGAGAAUGGGGCUGGGCAAAUCUGUGAACUGGGUGAUACCUUGAGCCGAGGGCACUUGCUGGGAGGCAGCCAACCUGAGCUCAUCACCCCCCAGGACAAUGAGGUCACUUUGGCCAAUGGAUUGAUCCUUUAUGAGCAUGAAGCCUGUGGCAAUGGCUACAGCAACGGUCAGCUUGGAAACCACAGUGAAGAAGACAGCACUGAUGACCAAAGAGAAGAUACUCAUAGUAAACCUAUUUAUAAUCUGUAUGCAAUUUCGUGCCAUUCAGGAAUUCUGGGUGGGGGCCAUUAUGUCACUUAUGCCAAAAACCCCAACUGCAAGUGGUACUGUUACAAUGACAGCAGCUGUAAGGAACUUCACCCUGAUGAAAUUGACACCGACUCUGCCUACAUUCUCUUUUAUGAGCAGCAGGGGAUAGACUAUGCACAGUUUCUGCCAAAGAUCGACGGCAAAAAGAUGGCAGACACAAGCAGCAUGGAUGAAGACUUUGAGUCUGAUUACAAAAAGUACUGUGUGUUACAGUGAAGCUGUCACUCUGGCUGCUAGGUAGGCUGGUGGUGAGGGAGGUGACCCCUUGUAGCUGACAUUUGGCAAAAGCAUUGCUGAAAAGUAGGCUAAAUGUAGUUUUAUCCUGUGACCCUGAAGCACAAAAUAAAACUCCUAAUUAAAAUAGAAUUAACAUGAAGAGUAGUGAUAACUUUUUUUUGAAGUCUCUCACAAGUUCUCCGUGGAGAACUUGUAGGCAAAUCCCACCAUUAGCCUGUAAACAAAAGGGUCAGACACCAGCCACCUGGGACCAAGUAAGAAUUAGAUUGUGCUUGUCCAGAUACGAACAAACUUGUAGUGAGUAUAGAGUUUACCAGUAAUCAUAAUAAAAUGCUAAAGAUUUCCUUGGAGUCAAAGUAAAAAACAAGAAAUUGUAGUGUUGUCUGGAGACGACAUGAUAUGCUACCUCCUUUUUCCUGAAGUUUUAUUCCAUUAUAUUGAUAAGAUGGAGAAAGCAAGAUCAUGAAGGUGUGCAAAUGUUUCUUGGGGCAUGGACACAGAUUUUUUUAGUUUAUUUUUUUAAUUGUUUGCCCUACUCUUGUUUGUCAGCCUUGCAUUUUGUUUUUGUUGUGUUUGUGUUUGAGACACAACCUUCUUUGGUGGCAGAGGCAUGUAGUAGUCAAAUCUGAACGGGAGAAUCUUAAAAACUAUGUGCCUUCUACCCCGGGUCUUAGUUGAGAGGCCCAGUAGAAAGGACAAACAUCCUGGGAAAUCCAGCUGACAUGGCCUCCUGAUAGGGGCGUCUUGCUUUUAGGGUACUUCAAGUAUCCUCAGAAAUGUAUCCCCCACACGUACACUGCUGAGUGUGGCAGGGAAGUUGCGAAUAUUUGCACCAUCUUCCCAUGCAUCUGUUGCACAAAGAGCCUCUAGGGAGGUGAGUGGCAUCAAAGCUAGAUGGUAUUUCACAUGAGUGGUUGUCUUUUUCUUUUCUUUGUUUUGCACUUUAAAAGAGAGAGAAAAUACGUACAAACAAACUUACUUGUAUUUUAAUGGCUCUAAGGGCUACAGAUUAACUUGAUUGGGAUAUGUACCCUCACCAUACUAAAUUUAAAAACAAAAUACAUCCCAGACAUUUAUAGUCAUGCAAUUUUUUAAAUAAAAUUGUUAGGUUUAGGAAGUAAACUGUUUUGUUUGCAUGCACCCCCCUUUUUUUCUUUCUUUCUCUUUUUGCACUAGUCAGCAGAAGUUAUGUUUCUUUGCUUCAUGUUUCUUCUCAGAUUAUUCAACUGGAACAAAAGUAUAAAUGUUAUUUAUUUCAGACAGCAUUUUUUUCUGUAUUGUUUUUUAAUAUAUAGUCAAAGGAAAUGUCUCAUCUUUAUUUUUGAUCUUUUUAAAAAAUCAUUUAGACCCUAGAAGUUGAUUCUCAUGUAUUAUCAGAUUCUAUUACCUUUCCUUUCCUCAUAGGUAGUAAAUACCAAUGUAAUUAAACAUUUGUGAUCUGAUAUCUGAAGCCAGUAUACCUAGUUCUUUUCAGAGCAUUUCAAAAGGUUGUCUUAAAUGGCCACCAAAGUUGAAGUUCUUUUCAGAAGAAUGUAAUUGCGAGUAGGAAGUAGUGGCCUCAUUGGUAUAAUGUAAUAAAGUCAGACAAAAUGUAUACUUUAUAGUUUUUGAGUUUUUCACUGUAUAAAGUCUGUCCUUUCCUACCUGGACAAACCAAUGAAAAAGUGGAAAAUUUUAAAUAAUUUCCUUACAGAUAAUUUAUUUAAGCAGGUAGCACAAUCUACUAAUAUUGUUUGAUCUGUAUUUCUUAUAUGGGUUGUAAUUAAUUUUUUAAAUUCAUAAACUAGCAGAAAAUUUAUUAAAUUAACUAUUAACUACAUUCACCUUGUAAAUUUCUGUAUAAAACUUGUUGACAAUGCACUGACUUUAGAAAGAUGUUAAUGUAUAUAAAUAGAAUGUAAAUAAAAUAGUGUUGCUGUACUGAAAUAUGAGCUGUAUAAAGAAGUAUUGGUAAUUGUAUAUGGAGUGUACCUGUUAUCUGUAACUAUUAUCCAAACAAAUUAAAUACUGUGGAUGCCCAUGUGCUGUUUUUCCUCGUACAAGUAAACAAAACAUCAACUUCUUCA